UAAAUAUGGCAGUCAGUGGUAAAUUUGUCGAAAUGUUUGAAGCCGACCUCAGAUUCAAGGUCGACAGCAAAUGCCCCUCAGGACAGAUGGAAGAAAGAUACCUUGUUAAAAGUUUCCAGUUCUUUGAUUUCCACAGGACAGGACUUAUUGAUUUUACCCAGUUUUAUAAAACACUUGAGAGAGUAGGAGUGAUACUUACAAAACCAAAUGCUUUAAAGAUUUUCGAACAGGUAGUAGAAAGAGUAAAUUCUAAUUCAGCAAGUCCUUCCAGCAACUCGGAUUUGCUAGAUUAUCGAACUUAUGCCAGACAGGUUUAUAAUCCAGAGUCUUACGACUCUGUUGUUGAUAAUCAAGUCCACAAACCCUUAACCACCCCUGUAUACGAAACUGGGUACGAUGUGAACACUCCGAGCCAGUCAGAGACAUACAGCCAGCAUGGAGAUGCUGAAAGCUCCCACCAAACUCCAAGAAUUGUCAGAAGUGGGAUGAAGGAUCCUAACACAGACACUCUUGAAAUGAUUCUCCAGGAGCUUCGUAAAAGAGUCAGGGUCAGAGGUCCCAAUGCUUACGCACUUCUUCACAGACAAUUUAAAAUAGUUGAUAUUAACCAGGAAGGAUUUGUUAAUAAAUUUGAGCUCUCCAAGAUCUUAAGAGAAAUGGACCUGAAUCUCCUAGAGAGCCAAUUUAUGGUCUUAUUUGACGCUUAUGAUCUUAACAAAGACGGGAAUCUGAGUUAUCAUCAAUUCUUAGAUGAGCUUUUUGGACUUCAGCAGCAGGAGUCUCCUCAGGAAGAAAUCAAAAUGAGAGAGAGCCCUCCAAAACAUGAAAUUGAGCAGACUCCAUCUCCAGCAAAAUCAGAGCCAGUUUCUGAGACAAGAUCUCGACCAGAGCCUUAUCCAAUGCCCCAUGCAGAUUUUCAUCCAAAAGCUCAACCAGGAUAUAAUCAAGAGCUGACUGCUGAGAAUGUGAAGAAGCUUGAUCCUAUUUCUCACACUAAGCCAAUGUACCAAGAAAUUGGGGAGAAAAACUACAAAGAGAACUAUACUCGUUCAGAGGCCUCUUUUGAUGAAAAUAGGAGUUACACUAGUGACUCAAGCUUUGGAUUCUUACCAGAGCAACCAAAAAUUAUCCCUAAAUUCCAAAAGAUAUUGUUCCGUAGACUCAUGGAUUGCAUUCGGCCAAGAGGAGUCAAAGGUCUGAUUGGCUUCUCGCGCCAGUUAAACCUCUAUGACACAAGCAAGAGUGGUUACUUAUCUCAAGAUGAGUUCAAACAGGCGUUCUCAGACUAUGAAAUAGAAAUGAUUGAUAUCGAUGUUGAGCAUCUCUACAACUCCUUCUGCCAUCAAGAAGAAGGAGGUAAACUAAACAUCAACGAGUUCUUAGAAACCUUCAUCCAACCGAUGAACAAGAACAGGUUCUCCCUCGUCAAAAAGGUCUGGAAGCACCUUGACUAUCAAAAAGAAGGCAGACUCCCAGUCGGUUACGUCAUGGAUAGUUACGAUGCCAGCAGGCAUCCUGAUGUCACUAGUUUUAGGAAAGACCAAGAAGAAGUUGAUUAUGAGUUUAGAGAUUACUGGCAGAAGAAAGCUCAUUAUUCUUAUUAAAUAGAGAUUCAGGGA